UCCGGUGAAGGCAGAAGUCAGGGGUCUUACUCAAAAAGCGUCUUGCUGCGGACCUCUAUCUACAAGCAGGAAACCGGCGAGGCAGAGAGUGCAGUCCGUCCGUAUUCAUUUACGGGACUUAGCAGCCUUAAAAUGUUACCCUUGUCUAUCAAAGAUGACGAAUACAAGCCUGCCAAAUUCAACCUUCUUGUCAAGAUAUCGGGAUGGUUCAGGUCGAUCCUGUCGGACAAAACGUCCCGAAACCUGUUCUUUUUCCUGUGUCUCAACCUCUCCUUCGCCUUCGUGGAGCUGCUCUACGGCUUAUGGAGUAACAGUUUAGGACUCAUAUCGGACUCGUUCCACAUGUUCUUUGACUGCACGGCGCUCCUAGCAGGCCUGGCCGCUUCUGUCAUAUCCAGGUGGAGGUCUAACGACGCGUUCUCUUAUGGGUAUGUGAGGGCUGAGGUUCUGGCCGGGUUUGUCAACGGCCUCUUCCUCAUCUUCACCGCCUUUUUCAUCUUUUCCGAGGGGGUCGAGAGGGCCCUGGAGCCCCCAGACGUUCAUCACGAGAGGCUGCUGCCAGUCUCCGUGGCCGGCCUGCUGGUGAACCUGGUGGGGAUCUUCGUCUUCCAGCACGGAGGACACGGCCACUCGCACGGCGACGAUGAAGACCACGGCCACAGCCACUCCCUGUUUAAUGGCAUCGUGGCUCCUGGGCACAGUCAUGCUGGACACACAAGCCACGGGCACGGACAUAGCCACGGGUCCAAACACGGGCACGACCACGGGCACGACCAUGGGCACAGUCACGGGCACGACCACGGGCACGACCACGGGCAUGGAGGGCACGGACACUCGCACGGACAUUCGCACGAGGAGCCGCAUUGCCACGAUGAACAUUCACAUACACCGGGAAAAGGAUCAAGCAAGCAGAUUUUGCAAGGGAUAUUCCUUCACAUUGUGGCGGACACUCUGGGCAGCAUCGGCGUGAUCAUAUCUGCCAUCCUGAUGCAGAAGUAUGACCUGAUGAUCGCGGACCCCAUCUGCUCCAUGCUCAUCUCCAUUCUGAUAGGAGUCAGUGUGGUUCCCCUGCUGAGGGAGUCCAUUGGGAUUCUGAUGCAGCGAUCGCCCCCAGCCCUGGACCACGCCCUCCCGGAAUGCUACCAGAGGGUGCAGCGGCUGCAGGGCGUGUACAACCUCCAGGAGCCGCAUUUCUGGACACUCUGCACAGACGUGUACGUUGGUACGCUCAAGCUGCUGGUUGCGCCCGACGCCGAUUCCCGCUGGAUUCUAAGUCAGACACACAACAUCUUCACACAGGCCGGCGUGCGGCAGCUCUACGUUCAGAUCGACGUGGCCGCCAUGUAGUGCCGGACUCCCUCGCUCUCGGGACUCCUGGGACCAAAGGCAUUUUAUGCCACCAUGGAGAAUUCCCCUCCAUCUUAAACCAUGCAAUUUGAGAUUUCAGAGUCUCCGUACAAUUCCAGGGACCAAGAUGGAGCAGCUGCUUUCAACUCUCGCCAGGAAAUCAAAAAAAGGAAAACGAAAAAAAAAAAAAACUUGAACGUAAAAUGGGGAAAUAAAACUAGCUAAUAAUCACGUGAAAUCUAAGCAAAACAAGGUGAAUUUUGUCAUCGGUUGCCAAAAACCUCCUCUGAGUACACCUACCUGUAUGCUGUUUUUAAUUUUGGUCGUUCUCAGAUUGAUCAUCAGUGUGUUAAUUUUCCAGUAGGGGUAUCCUAGCUCUUGAAGUUGGUGGUGUCCUGAAGUUGUAAGAAAUUGAACUGUAGUUUUUUUUUUGUUGUUAGUUUUUAAAUGCAUCACGCCUGACUGAGACACCGUCAUGAAGAACUCCAACUGGCCAUUCUUAUUGCACUUUGCGGACUUCUUGAACCAAAACUCAUUUAUUGGUUUCCAAAGUGCCUUUUUAAUCGCAUUAAGAAUGACCUGAAGCAAACUGUUGCAGAAGGCAGACCUGACCAUUCAAGUAAGAGUUACUUCGACUUGUUUAUGGCGAAGCAACUCGGAAUCCGAGGAUCUUCUCUGGGUUUGGCGUUCCGAAGCCAUCGUUGUUCCAGCCCACCGAUACCCCCGCCAUCGUUCCGGAAUGCCGUGACUUUCACUCGACCAUUCUUAAACACUAGCAUAUUCCGUGGACGAACCCGUCGGACCACAGGAGCAUCUGGUUUUGCAGUCAUCCUCGUUUGGGGUCCACUAAGAGCACAUGUGACCGUGAACUGCAUCCGUGGUUUCACUGCCCCAGUCGGUCUUAGUUUUUAACAAGCCAAGUUGGCCAGUUAUAUAUAUACUUUUUUUGCAAUGUAAUAAACGGUUUUACUGCA